UAAAAGAUCUUCUAAUGAAGAUUUCUACUUUCAAGGACAGGAAUCUUGUUGGGCAACCUUUUCUGGUUGGCCACUUCCUGAAUCACCAGUUACACACUCCCCAGAUAAACUCCUUAUAACAGACGCGGUGUGUUACUUGUGUUCACACUGUAAUCCAAUCUGGGAAAAACAGAAAUGUGCAAUUGAUACUGGAAGAGUGUAAACACAAUUUCACCAUGGCUUGCCAUUCUCACUCUGUGUGUAUCUUAGCGAUCGUCACCGUCAUCAUUGGUUGCUUCACAAAGUCAGCAUCUGCUCAGUGCAAUACCACCCAGGUUAACGAAACUACUUUUUGUGCAAAUGUUAACAGCACUUCAAUAAAUUCCUUCCUGGCAACUGGAAACCUCUCCAGCAGGCUCUGCAGUUACAGCAUUACUGAAUAUGCCUGCUCUUCAGUGGUCAACGUAACUGAAAGGAGACUGGCUGACCUGUUAAACUGCCCAGCUAACAACAGUGUGAACAUCACAAAAGAAGCUCUGAUGCUAUUCCUUACCAAAGUAUCUGGAGUACUGAAUGGAGCUUUGGAUGCCUAUGCUAACGAGUCCACUACUCCCAGUCCGUUUAAGGCUCUCAUCCUUGAUGUUCUGGGAGAGUUAAGAGUUAACAGUUUCAGCCCUGGAAACUUAACCAACGUGGAUUUAAUCAACCGGUGGUUCCUAGUGAGAUUCAAACCGUUCCUGUCGUCUGCAUCUGUGAAUUUCUUAUCAUGCUUAAGCACCAAAAACUUCAGCUGUGAGACCUACCAGGCUGUAGUAACUGGGCUCAACAACAUAUUUUCAGUUACGGACAGCAGAGGGCAGAGAUGGGGAUACACAUUUUUUAUAAAGCCCUUCUUAUCAAGAAAUAACGUAUCAGGAUCCUCCUGCACUUCCAAUAUCACCAGCAGCCAAGACUGGCUUCUGAAGAACUACAGACAGUUUGUUGUCUUUGCCGAGUACAGAGAUUUGGUUAAUUUGAACAGUAACUUCAGUGGGCUGGAAGCACUGGAUCUGCUUUCCCCAGUACAGAUAGCAGACCUGACUGUGGACCCCAAAGUCGGUGCUCUCAACAAUGUGGCCAUCAUCAAUAACAUCUUUGAUGUACUGCAGAACCGUUUACAGGACAGACAGCUUCUUGACUUCUUCACACGUUUUGCCAAUAUUACAAUGCAGAAUAACAUGACAGCCAUCAACAACACUGCUGUGAGAAAGGCCAUGCUGGACCGCACCUUUGCCGCUCUGAGUCCUGCAUUCCCCACCUUCAGCAGUGCCAUGUGGAAAGACUGGUUCCAAGCCAAACUAGUUCUGCUGCUGCCCAGUGUCAAUCCUGGCACUCUGAAAGCCAUACCAAACAACAUCACCUGUGACUCCUACCAAGAAAUAAUCAAAGGGCUUGACAAUGUAUUCAGAUCUCUCUCUCCUGAACAGUCUCAGGCUGUGUUCAAUUUCAGCAAGAACUACUUGAUGCAGAAGUCCCCUGCAGGGUUUUCCUGUGUGAAUAAUACUGUCAGUAGCAAGGACUGGUUGGUAAAGAAUUUAGGAAAAUUCAGUGCCAGUGCUUCAUACAUGGACCUCACACUCCUCAACAGGAAUUUCACUGGGCUGGUGGACCUGGACAUCUUAACACUGCUUCAGUUCAGCCAGCUUGCAGCCACUGCAGGAAUCCUGAAUACCUCAGAAGAUGUUGUGAAACUGAUGACAUUUUUGAACUCUUCUGAUUCUGCACAGUUCUUUAACUUGUUCAUAGCUGCUCUCCAGGGACGAGAUUUACCAAAUGCUGUGAAGACAGCACUGAUACAGGGGGCUCUUGAUAAAGGUAACCUGUCUGCAGCCGACGACGCAGAGAUCCUGAGGUGGCUGGACACCAGGCUCAAGCCUCUGCUGUCAGGACUGACUACAAACCAAGUGCAGCUCAUCUUCACCCCUCUGAAGAAAAAGAACUGCAGUACAAUCCACGAAGCUGUGGCAAUACUGAGCUCCAUCAGUAACAAGAUUAAUACAACUGUGCAGAAAGAAAUCUUCAAUAAUAUUCUGACCUCACUUCAAGAUCCAGCUCCACUACGCUGCUACACAAAUAACAGCUUUCUGGUGUACAUGAACGAUACCUUCCUCAACUUUGGAAGUUUCUUUACUCUAACCAACAUUCUGUCAGUGAUUCCAAAAACACGUGCAACAGAGCUGGUGAACACUAUAACUCCCACUCAGCUAAGUCAAUUUCUCAGUGUGCCUGAAAGCAUUGACAGCCUCACCCUGCUCACUGAAGUUUUGAAAAACUACACACAAUUACCUCUGUUCAUUGACAAUUUUAAUGGGAGGAUUUCACAGGUGAACAUCUCUAAGGCCAUUAAAUCAUCCAUCCUGAGGGCAGGUUGGCCUACGGUUCUGAGCACUGAUAGUGAAGCUGAACUGGAUAAAUGGUUUAGCACAAGACUGAUCCCAUACCAGGAAGCUUUCGACAAGAACCUCAUUACUUCCAGUGACACUCUGGCUGCCAACUGCUUGCCAUUCAGGAAACUGGUUCAGGUUCUUGGAAACAGCAGCAGCUAUUAUACAGACUUCAACAGGAAGGAUGUGUAUGGCACAAUUAAGUCGUAUCUUUCAACAGGCACAAAGCCAAAGUGUUUUAAUACUGCAAUCCCAGUUCUGAAUUCGACUGCUUGGUUUGUUAAUUACAUCGGACCAUUCAUUAUCUUCAGCAGCCAAGCCGACAUCCUCUCAUUUGGUUCGACAGAUCAGCUUAAGAUCUUUGCGAAUAACCCUGACAAUCUGAAGCUCAUGAGCAAUGAACUCAUCCCUCAGGAUGUCCGUGCUGUCUAUAGCUCAUUGAUGUUUGCUCAAAAUCCAGCACUCAAUAUUACAGAGCUUCCUGGUGCACUCCUUUGUUUUGCCCCGGACAUUGUGUUCUCUUCUGUGAAACAAACUGAGCUGCAAGCUUUGUCAGAUAGGUUGCUAAAAACCUGUAACAAGACUAUAAAUCUUGCGAUUAUUUCAGAUGUGGUUGGAAAAAUUCAAAAUGCCACUGCAGCUGACAUAACAGCCCUAGGAAAUCAAACUGGUCUACUUUCACAAGGACAGAUUGAUCAGAUUCAGCCUGGAGUUGUUAUGCAAACUUUUAGCAUCCUGAGUACAGUCAAUUGGAACCAAGGGCAGGCCAUUAUCCUGGUUAAAAAGGUCUUUGGAAAUGGGUACAAGCUUGACAAUGUAAGUUCGCUUACAUCUCUGGGAACCCUGGUCAAAGGUUUGCCUUCUAACACAAUUGAGAGUGUUAGCCCAGCUGUCGCUGUCAGCGCCGCGAAGGAUCCAUUUUUUGUUCAGAACAUCAUUAAAGGACCAGAAGUUGUUCAACAGAUAUUUGUUAACAAGAUCAUUACUUUCAACAGUGAUCCCAAUGUCACGUUGCAGAACAUUCCUGAUAGUAUGACAGGUCUAAUUCCAUUGCCUUUAUUGACUUUCCCCAGCAAUACGUUUAAUCUUGAUCAAGUCAAAAAUAAACAAUGGAAAAAGGAACAGGCUUCGUUGUUUUUUGACAAAUUAGCAUCCAGCACCACCGACUAUGCUAGUCUUUCCCCAUAUAUACUGCAAGGAUUCAGCUGCAGUGCCGUGCAAAGCAUUCCAAACAGCAAAACCGUCAACAUUGUCAAAGCCUGUAAGGGUAAAAAGAUACCCCUGGUGGAGGACCAGCUGUCCUGCAUGGCUUAUCAAGUCACUGCAAAUGCAUCACCACAGGACUUCACCAGCUAUCCUGCAGACAUGCUACUCUAUUACCCCUACAGUCAGAUUCCGUCAGCAAACUGCCAAUCAUACUUUAGAGCAACUGGUAGUGCAAACUUUUAUGUUUUCCCCGAGGCAUCAAAUAAACCAGCUGCCCUCACAAACUCUGCUAGAAGCUGUCUGGGUAUAACAGGCACCAAUCUCAGCAGUGCAGAUUUAAAUGUGCUGAACAAUAUGGUCUGCAUCCUGAAUGGAAGCUACAUUGAAAACUCGGACAAUCUAAUCUUGGAAAAACUCAAGAAGUGUGAACAGCUCACUGCUGGACAAAUUGCAUCUGUUCAAAAAGUACUUUUCAGUGGCACUACAAAAUAUGGAAACCCUUUAAACUGGACACUGCAGACUCUGAAAGACCUUGAAGAAUUGCCUUUGUUCCUAACAAGCGAGUUUUGGUCCAAGUUCAAUAAGGAUGACACAAAAAGCUUCCUCAACGUCUUCCUCCAAAACCAGAAAAAAAGCCUGAAAAUGGUACUUUUUACACAACUUGGUCUGGUAAAAAGAGCAAGACGUGCAGCUGGGUGUACUGUUGGGGAAAUAACAACAGCCAAGAUCAACGAAGUUACUUUCCCAAUUGAUUAUGAUGAGACGCAGUUCAAUUUGUGUUUGGCAAACAGCACUGUGAAAGACAACCUGGCACUCUUGACUGAAAAAACUUUGGUUCAAAAUUAUCAGACUAUCGUUUUUCAAAAAUUAAAUGAGGUAAAAUACUCUGAUAUUGAUCUGAAAUUUCCUUGUAUCAGUUAGUUGGUUUCAGAUGGA